GUUUCAAUCUGCAAACCUAAAAACUCUGUUUACUGUGAAGCUCAAUUCAGUUUCAUGUCAAGGAAGCCGACGAUGAUUCUCCGGCUGCCAAGCUCCUCUCAAUCGCCGGUUAGGUACUUCUCACCAAUCCCAUUAUCCAAUUUCUUCUCGCACUCAUUUUCAUCUGCAAGUGAGAAUCAAUCGCUAAAUGAAAACGUAGAAACAGUAUUUCGCAUAAUUACUAGUUCACCCUCUUCAGCAGACAUGAGGGAUUCUCUGAAAUCGAGUCGGGUUUUUCUCUCAAAUGAAUUGAUCGAUGGAGUUCUUAAGAGGGUUAGAUUUAGCCACGGGAAUCCCUUACAGGCAUUGGAGUUUUUUAAUUACACUGGUAGAAGAAGGGGAUUUUAUCACACUGCGUUUUCUGUUGAUACAAUGCUUUAUAUCCUAGGUAGAGGCCGGAAGUUUGAAAAAAUCUGGGAUGUUUUGGUUGAUAUUAAGCUUAAGGAUCGGUCGUUAAUCUCGCCGCGAACUGUUAUGGUUGUAUUAGGAAGAAUUGCCAAAGUGUGUUCUGUGAGGCAGACUGUGGAGUCUUUUAGGAAGUUUAAGAAGUUUGUUCCUGAGUUUGAUGUCACUUGUUUUAAUGCAUUGUUGAGAACUCUGUGCCAGGAGAAGAGUAUGAUGGAUGCGAGGAACGUCUACCACAGUUUGAAGAGUAAGUUUAGACCGAAUUUGCAGACGUUUAACAUAUUAUUGUCGGGUUGGAAGUCGUCAGAAGAAGCUGAGGGAUUCUUUAAUGAGAUGAGAGAAAUGGGGGUUAAACCUGAUGUUGUUUCAUACAACUGUUUGGUUGAUGUUUAUUGUAAGAAUAGGGAAAUGGACAAGGCGUUUAAGGUGAUUGAGAAAAUGAGGGAUGAGGAUAUAGCUGCUGAUGUGAUUACGUACACUAGUGUUAUUGGGGGAUUGGGAUUGAUUGGUCAACCCGACAAAGCGAGAAAUAUUUUGAAAGAAAUGAAGGAGUAUGGAUGUUACCCUGAUGUUGCAGCUUACAAUGCUGCGAUACGGAAUUUUUGCAUUGCAAAGAGGCUUCGCGGGGCUUUUGAUUUGAUGGAUGAAAUGGUGAAUAAGGGUCUGAGUCCAAAUGCAACGACAUACAACUUGUUCUUUAGGAUUUUCUUCUGGUCGAAUGACUUACAAAGCUCGUGGAAUUUAUAUCGUCGAAUGAUGGAUACAUGUUGCUUGCCUAACACGCAAUCCUGUUUGUUCCUAAUGAGGUUGUUUAAGAAGCAUGAAAAUGUAGAAAUGGCACUGGAGCUAUGGAAUGAUAUGAUUCAAAGGGGUUUUGGGUCUUAUAUUUUAGUAUCCGAGGAGUUGUUUGAUUUUCUUUGUGAUUUGGGUAAGUUGAUUGAAGCUGAGAGGUGUUUUCUGCAGAUGGUCGAUAAGGGGCAUAAGCCUAGUAACGUCUCAUUUAAAAGGAUCAAAGUACUCAUGGAACUGGCAAAUAAGCAUGAGGUUCUUCAGAACUUGUCAAAGAAAAUGGAUGGUUUUUUGGAUCCACAAAAACGCCUUCCUGAAACAAUGAGUUAUUCAACGGAUCUGUCAAAUUCAAAUUCAUUCCAAUGUUAAAUGGAUUUAUUUUACAUGUCAUGGGUCUAUAUUUUUCUCUCAGUGAAAACUAAAAACUGACAGACCAUCAACGUAUUAUCUGCCUUUCGAGAGCAGGACGCCGAGCAAGAUCGUGGAGCUGGAAGUCGACCUAUAACAUCUUGGGGUGAGCCUCAACAUCUAAAUCCUUUGGCAUUCUAGAAAAGUACCCCACAUAGCCUUCUCAAGAAAGCUUUGCAUAUUAGGCUGUAGACACUACCUCAAGAAAGGGACAGCAAUUUACGCUUGUGUUGGAUGCAUUGUCCGAAUAAGCAUGAAGAACUAUUCACUUCAAAAAGAUAGUUGGAAUUUGGAGGAUUGAAGAUUGAGGAAGAAAAGAAAUGAGGUGAUUGGUUAAAGAACUGUCUCAUAAGAGGGUUACCAACUCUAUUGCUUCAUGGGGAUAUGAAUGUAUACAAAAAUCCAGAAACUCAGAUCUGGGUGUCAUGCUCAUGAAGAUCACCAUGACCGAGUACGAUUACAUCUCUAUUCAGAUUUCAGAACAUGGAAAAUAUUUUCCAAGUUGAAGACAGAUAAACCAAGAACUAUCAAUUUUAAACCUUUCUGCUGUUUUCGUCAUCGAGUUUUGUUACGAGCAGCUUUCUCGAGUGUGAAAUCUCAUCCAGCCGACCUCUAAGUUAGAAAAAGUUCCAUCCCUUCUCUUCUGUUUAACAAAAUACAUGGGAAAGAUUCUUGGUAAUGGGAGUUCCAAACUUGAAGGCCUCACCCGUUCUUAUACGUUCUCAACGUUCUAAUUUUUCAGUGUGUGAGCAUAUGUUGUAGGGGAUCUAAGUAAUUUUUUUUCCUUUUUCUCUUUUUGAAAAUGAACAUUAUUUGCAUUACAUAAAAUUGGAUGGAUAUUUUCGAAAAA